AUGGAUGAUAUUGAUUAUGAUUUGAUUUUUGGCAUCUCAGAUCAUGCAGUUGAUGUUGAAGUUCAUGCUCCUGAUAAUCACAUUCCAGAAUUUUCAAAACUUACUGAUGAAUCAUCAUCGACUCCUCAAGAAGGUGAAACUAUGAAUGAUAGUCCUUUGGAGAGGGAGCAAUUGGAUUCAAAUACUUUGAAUGAUGAAGAGCAUUCUUUCGAGGGGGAGCAAGAACAAUUGAAUGCUGAAAUUGAGGGGGAGCAUGUUGUUGAGGGGGAGCAUAAUGUUGAUGAUGCAUAUUCGAAUGCAGGCUCAGAAUAUGAUGAAAUAUUUGAAUAUGCUCCUUUGGAAUUUGAUCCAGCAUAUCGACCCAUGGAAAAAUGGACUAGAGACCAUCCGAAGGAUCAAAAUUUUGUUGCAGACUUUGAUGAUGAUUUGGAAGGGAAAAAGCAGGCAGUAUUGGGGACAGUCGAAGCAACGCAAGUGAUUACGCCAAUAGUGGAAGAGUCACAAGAAAACGUGGUUAUUCCUUCGAAAACAUGGAUGUUUCAAAGAAUAAAGAUGAAAUCCAUGCAUAAACGCAAGUCUUCAUCUCAGAAACUGCUUCGUAAACCUCAACUUUCUCAUCAAGGAGUAUUGUUUCGUGAGAAGAAGAAGACGAAGAAGGCUCGGAAGAUUGUUUCAUCAAGUGAGUCUACAGAAGAGGAUGAACGAGUACCAGAAACUCUGGAAGUCACCUCUAUUCUUACAAGUUCAAUUCUAGAGACCACUGUCAUAAUCACCCCUAAAGUUUCGAUUUCCAAGUCAAUUUUUGAGGAGGUGAGAACUUCAGGCUUGGGUGAAAAUGUUUCGAAGAAUGCAAACCAAGGUCCAUUCAUCUCUACUCCUUUUGAAUCAUUAGUUUCUGUUACACCAACAUCAAACAUUCCUCUUACUUCAACUACUAUCCCUCCAACCUUCGAACACAUUAUCAAUCAACCGAUCACUUCCGUGUUCUCCUCUCAAUCAACUGAUACCCCCAAACCAACUUCACCCACUGAAACAGAUCAUGAAGGGUUUGGAGGAGUGAUGAAGCUGUUGAAAGAGUUGAAGGAGAUAUCAACAAAACCAGUUUCGUCUCCGUUGAUCACUCCUGAAUUUGUGUCACAAAAGUUUUUAUAG